AGGCCGCGGGGGCCGCAGCGGGGCCUGUGGCUUGUGUGGCGGCGGCAGCCGCAGCCGUCGGGCACCAUCUGGAAUUUAAAAAAGCCCCCCGGCGCUCCGAGGGGCAGUGCCCAGCCUUCAAGAUGCGCACGCUUCUGCAGCCCGCGGGCAGCCCGGCGGGCGGCGAGGGGCGGUGCUGUAGAGACAAGCGCGGCAGCACCGUGGUGUUUGCCAGAGGAGCAUCCUUUCCUGUUGCUCUGAAGAGCACUAAACAUCCAAUGGCAAGGGAAUAUAUGAGAAGUUAUGGAAAGAAGGAAUGGAAGUGUUUACAGCUCUGUGUUACGGCAGGACUGGAAGGGCACUGUGCCAGCAGCAGGACUGGGAAGCAGACUGUUACAUCCUGGCGGAUCGGGUUCGGGUUCAGGUUCGGGAUCGGAGUCAGGCUCGGCCCCGGCGCGGCGGAUCCCGGAGAUGGCCAAGUACACAAGAGGCACUGUGACCGCCUUCUCUCCUUUUGAUGCCAGAGCUGAUGCAGAAGCUCUUCGUAAGGCCAUGAAGGGAAUGGGGACUGAUGAAGAAACUAUUCUGAAGAUCCUUACCAGCAGAAACAAUACUCAGCGUCAAGAAAUUGCAUCUGCCUUUAAAACCUUAUUUGGCAGGGAUCUUGUAGAUGACCUGAAGUCGGAACUUACUGGCAAGUUUGAAACACUGAUGGUGUCUCUGAUGAGGCCAAGAUAUAUUUUUGAUGCUCAUGCACUGAAGCAUGCCAUCAAGGGAGCAGGAACCAAUGAGAAGGUGUUGACUGAAAUUCUUGCUUCCAGAACACCCGAGGAAGUGCGGAAUGUUAAGCAGGUUUAUCUGCAAGAGUAUGAGGCCAACUUGGAGGAUAAGAUCAAAGGAGAAACAUCAGGCCAUUUUCAGAGACUGCUGGUGGUCCUGCUGCAGGCAAAUAGAGAUCCUGAUGGCAGAGUUGAUGAGGGUCUUGUUGAGCAGGAUGCUCAGGUCUUGUUUAGAGCUGGGGAGCUGAAAUGGGGAACAGAUGAAGAGAAGUUCAUUACCAUCUUGGGAACCCGAAGCAUUUCACAUUUAAGGAGGGUGUUCGACAAAUACAUGACUAUUUCCGGCUUUCAAAUUGAAGAGACAAUUGACCGUGAAACCUCUGGUGAUUUGGAGAAGCUGCUUUUGGCAGUUGUGAAAUGCGUCCGAAGUGUGCCUGCCUAUUUUGCUGAAACUCUGUAUCAUUCUAUGAAGGGGGCUGGCACUGAUGAUGAUACCCUGAUCAGAGUCAUGGUCUCAAGAAGUGAAAUUGAUCUGUUGGAUAUUAGACAAGAAUUCAGAAAGAAUUUUGCUAAAUCAUUGCAUCAUAUGAUUCAGAAAGAUACAUCUGGGGACUACAGGAAAGCACUCCUGCUCCUCUGUGGUGGAGAUGACGACUAAUGGUGACAAUGACAUGAAGGAUUUGUUGUACUCCAGCUUUGCAGCCCUUAGUUAGCAUGUCUACUAAGUUUUUGUAUCUUAAUGCUUUGUGGCUGUUUGAAUUUGUACUAGUACUGCACUUACUAAAAAUGAGCAUAUUGUUAUCCAAGUGAUAGCUAGUCCUUCCUCUUCCUGACAUCCCAACUUCCAGGAUUUUCAAGUGCCUUCUGUGAAUAUGUGAGAGUUGUCUUCAUGGAAGAUGAGAACUGAGUACAGAACCCAGUUCUUUGCAAGUGUUUUGCUGAAAUAGGAAAAAAAACACACAUGUAUUUCACUAAUAAUUUGGAGAUAAUGUCUUUGCUUAUAAUCCUGACAUUUCCACUGAAUCUUAAGCUAGCUCUAACAUAGUUGCAAAUUAAGAGAAGAUAUCCUUUGUAUGUUAUAUUUGAAUGAAUUUGCUGAACAUAAUACAAGCAAUCAUUGGAAACCUAAAGGACCAAUAAAUUUUUUCCCUCUAA